AUGAGCAAAGCUCACCCUCCCGAGUUGAAAAAAUUUAUGGACAAGAAAUUGUCAUUGAAAUUAAAUGGUGGCAGACAUGUCCAAGGAAUAUUGCGGGGGUUCGAUCCGUUUAUGAAUCUUGUGAUAGAUGAAUGUGUGGAGAUGGCAACUAGUGGGCGACGGAACAAUGUUGGAAUGGUGGUAAUACGAGGAAAGAGGAUCAUCAUGUUAGAAGCCUUGGAGCGAGUAUAAACAAUGGGUGUGUUCAUCAGAAGAAAUCAACUGCUUCCACAUGUCCCCUCCAUAGUACCUGUUUUACUACAAUAUAAAAAUCAGGUCGUGUGCAUUUUCAUAUUGAACUUUUUCGUUAAAUAAACUUUUAUAA